CAUUUUUUCGUGAGCGCAGAUUACAUCAGACAAGUAACCGUGUGCCUGUGGAUGGGUCAGUUUGAGGGACACGACUCUCAAAUGAAGGUAAUUUUUUUUGCUCUUACAUGUAAGCGAUUAAAUUAAAAGCCCUUUAAUGUUGUGAGUGGUUGAUCUUGUAAUAGCGUGGCAUAAAAUGACCUUGAUCCCGAGUGAUUCGAAACAUUCACAGUCACACUGGACUGGGUUGGGAGUGACAGCUAGUAAGCCUGUUGUUAGCUAGCAAGCUAACGAUACAGCUGCUAGCUACUACUAGUUAACUUACCAUGCUGUCAGAUACGCAAGUUAGUGAACGAUGUGAGAUAUGUCAGCUACAACUGACAGCUACUCAAUGGGGGUCACAGCUGGUUAGCUAGACUUUUGCAUUGUUUACUAGUUAGCUAAAGUUAGCUCCUUUGCUUGCUAGCUAUGUUGUUAGUCUUGCCUAGUCAUAACUCAUAAAGCUAAGGUUAGCCAAGCAGUGGGUGUGUUCUUUCUGUUAGUCUUGUUUUGAAACAUGGUAAGCUAGCUAGUUAAGUAACAGUGUUAGGGUGUUCGUUUUUUUUCAGGUAAGUCACUCAGUGACCCAGAACGUGUGUGUGUGUGUGUGUGUGUGUGUGUGUGUGUGUGUGUGUGUGUGUGUGUUUGUCUGUGUGUGACCAUGUUCCUUUUCCCCCCUCCCUUCCCAGUGACCCCAGCCAGGUGUUAACCUGGUGUGUAUCCACCAUGUUGAAUGGAGUGUUCAGGCUGCAUGGCCUGGUGGUGGCGUCUCACCCCUGGGAGGUGAUUGUGGGCACCAUUGCCCUGACCGUCUGUCUCAUGUCCAUGAACAACCUGGCCACUAGCGAUCAGAUCUGCAGCUGGAGCCAUGGCUGUCCCAAACUACAGGAGGUGAGUUGUCCUGGCACACAAUGGAAUGUGGACCCUCUAGAACAAUUAUUAAAUGUUAUUAUAUUCUACCAAGAUUGGUGUUGCAUGUCAAAGCUGCUGUGUCACCACCACAGCAAGACCUCAUGUUUGGAAAGAAUAUUAAAUAGAAUGCGUUCUCCUUCAACAGAGAAUCCUAAACAGUGAUGUAAUCAUUCUAACGGUGACACGCUGCAUGGCCAUCGUGUACAUCUACUUUCAGUUCCAGAACCUUCGCCAGCUGGGCUCCAAGUACAUCCUUGGUAAGUCUCAUUUCACAAGAACUGUAACGAUACAAACAUCUAUAACGAUGCUAUAAGCAUUGUCUUGUGUACAUACACAUGUAACUAACACCCACCUGAUGAUGUAUGUUAUGAUUGUUUGUGUUAUGGUCUGUUCUGUGUUGCCUCUAGGUAUAGCGGGUCUCUUCACAGUAUUCUCCAGCUUUGUCUUCAGCACCGUGGUCAUUCACUUCCUGGGGAAAGAGUUGACAGGCCUAAAGUAAGCAUCCUCUCACUUUAUACAAGUGUUUAUAGAGCAAGUUCCCGUUCCCUGGCCUAGACCUUCACAUGGCUUACAGCCUUCCUGGUCUAUGGAUGGGCAGGAGUAAUCAAACAGAUGUCAAAACUCUAUCUUUAACCAGAGAUGAUAAAUAAAUCAAAAUACUGUAAGACUGUUUGGUUGAAAUUGACAACGUUCAUUUGCUUUCACUCUAGUGUUCCAUUUGUACAUGUGCAUUUGCGGGCACAACAAAAAAAUAAACCAAGCCAAGCAUCAAACAGUUCUUCUCCCAAAGUUCCCUUUCCCCUUCGUGUCUCACUCACUCAGUUGCGUUCCGACCGCUCCCUCUACACAUUCGUGCUGCGUGCGCACAUAAGCUCCCGUUAGGCCUACCGAAAUGGUUGACUGAAGUAGGGAAAUAAGUAUUCCAUAUUUUUCGCUUUGGCUACUUUGCAGUUGUCACUAGUUACCAAAGCCACACAAAGUAAAUUGUCUAAUCGUAAAAAUUCAUGAAAACAUAAAUUAGCUUUUUGGUCUUCAGUUAAGGUUAGGUUAGGUUAGCACAUAAGGUUAGCAGUGUGGUUAAGGGUUAGGUUUAAAAUCAGAUUUUAAAAAUAAUCUGUAGAAAUAGGGUUUGACUUUGUGGCUGUGGUAACUAGUGAAGACCCUACUUUGCAAACUGCUAGUGCCAUUUAGACUUGGUUAGGCUAUAAACAUAGACGGGUCCUCACUGAAAAUAUGCAAAAACAUUAGUUUGAUAUAGAAAAGAGCGUAUUUUCAUCAGAAUCAUUAGGCCUACUCACCAAACAUAUCGUGGCUGUAAUUCAUCCCCAUGCAGUGUUCAAUGUGGAAUUGUUAAUCCAUUUAGAAAAUUCUAAAGAACAGGCAGAAUAAACUAAAUUGAACGUCUGUAUAUCGUAAAGAAGACAGAUUUUGGUUUGUAACCCUGAAAAAAGGAUUUAAACUCGCCAAAUUGAACCGUUUCAAUUGAUCACUCUUUGAGAAUAACUGUUCCAGAUGUGAGAUGCGCAUCACUUUGCAAUAUUCUGUUCUAUUUUAUUUUGUUAUAUUACAUUGUUUUUUACUAUAAAAUAGUUGUCUUGACUGUGGUAAGGGCUUGGGAAAUGAGUGUCUUGCCUGCUAAAUUAACUAAACAAGGCUAUGCCAUUGUAUAGCCAUAGGCUUCUACAAGCAAGCUCCACUGCUGAGGUUACUACCUUUUUGGAGAUUGUGUUUCACGAUAUAAUAUAACCAGUUGAUAUUAAGGUUUCAAUAAAUGACUCUUAAAUAGCACUUGCUUUUUAUUGAUAUUAUUGGGCAAUUAGGAUUUGUUAUCUGGAAUAGUUAUUGUAAAUUAGCCAUUGUUGCACACUGUUGGCAUAUACACUGAACAAAAAUAUAAAUGCAACAUGUAAAGUGUUGGUCCAAUGUUUCAUGAGCUGAAAUAAAAGAUCCCAGAAAGACUUACACUAACGUUCAAAAGUUUGGGGUCACUUAGAAAUGUCCUUGUUUUUGAAAGAAAAUCAUUUUUUUGUCCAUUAAAAUAACAUCAAAUUGAUCAGAAAUACAGUGUAGACAUUGUUAAUGUUGUAAAUGGCUAUUGUAGCUGGAAACGGCUGAUUCUUAAUGGAAUACCUACAUAGGCGUACAGAGGCCCAUUAUCAGCAACCGUCAGUCCUGUGUUCCAAUGGCAUGUUGUGUUUGCUAAUCCAAGUUUAUCAUUUUUAAAGGCUAAUUGAUCAUUAGAAAACCCUUUUGAAAUUAUGUUAGCACAGCUGAAAACUGUUGUGCUGAUUUAAAGAAGCAAUGAGACCAGUUGAGUAUCUGGAGCAUCAGCAAUUGUGGGUUCAAUUACAGGCUCAAAAUGUCCAGAAACAAAUAACUUUCUUCUGAAACUCGUCAGUCUAUUCUUGUUCUGAGAAAUGAAGGCUAUUCCAUGCGAGAAAUUGCCAAGAAACUGAAGAUCUCGUACAACGCUGUGUACUACUCCCUUCACAGAACAGCGCAAACUGGCUCUAACCAGAAUAGAAAGAGGAGUGGGAGGCCCCAGUGCACAACUGAGCAAGAGGACAAAUACAUUAGUGUCUAGUUUGAGAAACAGACGCCUCACAGGUCCUCAACUGGCAGCUUCAUUAAAUAGUACCCGCAAAACACCAGUUUCAACAGUGAAGAGGCGACUCCGGGAUGCUGACCUUCUAGGCAGAGGUGCAAAGAAAAAGCCAUAUCCCAGACUGGCCAAUAAAAAGAAAAUAUUAAGAUGGACAAAAGAACACAGACAUUGACAGAGGAAGAUUGGAAAAAAGUGUUAUGGACAGACAAAUCGAAGUUUGAGGUGUUCGGAUCACAAAGAAGAACAUUUGUGAGACGCAGACCAAAUGAAAGAUGCUGGAGGAGUGCUUGAUGCCAUCUGUCAAGCAUGGUGGAGGCAAUGUGAUGGUCUGGGGGUGCUUUGGUGGUGGUAAAGUGGGAGAUUUGUACAGGGUAAAAGGGAUCUUGAAGAAGGAAGACUAUCACUCCAUUUUGCAACACCAUGCCAUACCCUGUGGACGGCGCUUGAUGGGAGCCAAUUUCCUCCUACAACAGGACAAUGACCCAAAGCACAGCUCCAAACUAUGCAAUAACUAUUUAGGGAAGAAGCAGUCAGCUGGUAUUCUGUCUAUAAUGGAGUGGCCAGCACAGUCACCGGAUCUCAACCCUAUUGAGCUGUUAUGGGAGCAGCUUGACCGUAUGGUAUGUAAGAAGUGCCCAUCAAGCCAAUCCAACUUGUGGGAGAUGCUUCAGGAAACAUGGUGUGAAAUCUCUUCAGAUUACCUCAACAAAUUGACAACUAGAAUGCCAAAGGUCUGCAAGGCUGUAAUUGCUGCAAAUGGAGGAUUCUUUGACGAACGCAAAGUUUGAAGGACACUUAUUUCAAUUAAAAAUCAUUAUUUCUAACCUUGUCGAUGACUACAUUUCCUAUUCAUUUUGCUAUAUUUCCUAUUCAAACUCAUUUCAUGUAUGUUUUCAUGGACAACAAGGACAUUUCUAAGUGACCCCAAACUUUUGAACGGUAGUGUAUUUCUCUUAAAUGUUGUGCACAAAUUUGUUUACAUCCCUGUUAGUGAGCAUUUCUCCUUUGCCAAGAUAAUCCAUCCACCUGACAGGUGUGGCAUAUCAAGAAGCUGAUUAAAAUGGCAUGAUCAUUACACAGGUGCACCUUGUGCUGGGGACAAUAAAAGGCCACUCUAAAAUGGGCAGUUUUGUCACACAACACAAUGCCACAGAUGGCUCAAGUUUUGAUGGAGCGUUCAAUUGGCACGCUGACUGCAGGAAUGUCCAGCAGAGCUGUUGCUAGAUAAUUUAGUAUUAAUUUCUCUACCAUAAGCCGCCUCCAACGUCAUUUUAGCGAAUUUGGCAGUACGCCCUACCGGCCUCACAUCCACAGACCACGUGUAUGGCGUCGUGUGGGUGAGCGGUUUGCUGAUGUCAACAUUGUGAAUAGAGUGCCACAUGGUGGCAGUGGGGUUAUGGUAUGGGCAUGCAUAAGCUACGGGUAACGAACACAAUUGCAUUUUAUCGAUAGCAAUUUGAAUGCCAAAAAUACAGUGACGAGAUCCUGAUGCCCAUUGUGAGGCCCAUCUUUUUUUUUUUAAGUUAUCUGUGGCCAACUGAUGCAUAUCUGUAUUCCCUGUCAUGUGAAAUCCAUAGAUUAGGGUCUAAUUAAUUUAUUUCAAUUGACUGAUUUCCUCAUGAACUAACUCAGUAAAAUCAAUGAAAUGGUUGCAUGUUGCGUUAAUAUUUUUGUUCUGUAUAGAUACAUGCGCACACAUUUAUUUCCCAGUGCUGGCGUUGUUCUAAAAAUACAACAUUAUUAUUCUUAUUUAUUUUUUAUUUUUUGAGUACUCUGAAAAAAAGUAUUGUGAGUACUCGAACAGUCAAAAAAUGUAAAAUCCCUAUUCCAGUCCUUACACUUGUCUUACAUGUUAUCCAGAACCUCUUUAUGAAACUUAACUGUGUGUUUUCUCUCCUCAGUGAAGCUCUUCCAUUCUUCCUGCUCCUCAUUGACCUGUCUAAGGCCUGUGCCCUGGCCAAGUUUGCCCUUAGCUCCAACUCACAGGUAACCAACCUCUCUCAGUGCCCUCCACAGAAUUAUAUAGAACACUAAUAUAUGUAUAUCUAUGGUGCCCAGACUGCCCACACAUCUCUGGGAAGCCAAGAAAGAAUAUUGGGACUCAACUGUUGUCUCAAAAAGCAGUGGCUAGCUACUGGCAUUUUUGGAGUAACUCAAUAUUAUCAUAGCUUUGCUGAUGUGACACUUCUGAACUAACUUUUAUACUGGAGCUGCACUCUUGACCAGCGGAACAGAAUUUCUUUAACUCAAUAGGAUUUAGUAGUUUAUGUAAAGGGAAAUCCUAACCUAGAUGUGUGUUUUUCCAUAUAGGAGGAGGUGAGAGAGAACAUCUCUCAGGGCAUGGCUAUCCUGGGUCCUACCUUCACCCUGGAUGCCCUGGUGAAGUGUCUGGUCAUUGGAGUGGGCACCAUGUCAGGAGUGCGUCAGCUGGAGAUGAUGUGUUGUUUCGGCUGCAUGUCCGUCCUGGCCAACUACUUUGUCUUCAUGACCUUCUUCCCUGCCUGCGUCUCCCUGGUCCUCGAGGUAAGGAUGGGCACAGGAAGAAAGAUUCUGAGACGUGUGUCUGAAAUUGUGUGUGUCUGCGUUUGAGCUUGUGUGUCUCUCUGGUCUUUGAAAUAAGAGUCGGCAUGUGAAGGGAGGUUUUUGAGACGUGUGUGUAACAUCUCCUCACCUCUUUCUCCCUGUGUGUGUGUGUGUGUGUGUGUGUGUGUGUGUGUAGCUGUCCAGGGAGAGCCGUGAGGGCCGUCCCAUCUGGCAGCUGAGUCACUUUGCCCGUGUUCUGGCUGAAGAGGAGGACAACAAACCAAACCCUGUUACACAGAGGGUUAAAAUCAUCAUGGUAAAAAUUGACCAGCCUUAGCACUACCUCGAACCCUUAGUUAACAACUGUAACCGACAGUCAAGAUCAUCAUGGUCACAUAGAGAAAGAACAGCAUAAACAAUAUGGUCUCUUCUCUUCCUCCAGUCUCUAGGUCUGGUUCUGGUCCAUGCCCACAGUCGUCUGGUGUCAGAGCAGCCAGGUCAGAACCGGACGGUGGAGGGCUCCAGCAGUGGUCUAGCUCUCGAUGGGCCUACAGCCCAGAGGAUGGACCAAGACUACACUCUCUGGCCGAUACCGCUCACCAGGUAAGGAAUGGUAGAGUAGUGGAAGUGGUUCACCUAUCCUGUUUUCUUUUUGUUUGUAGUUUCAUGUUUGACCUCUCUGUGGUUUCCAUAUUGAUUUCUUUGUCAGUGUCUUGGCUUGCUGAGUCAUUGAAUGACUUCUCCCGCCUCUGGGUGGUGGACUGGACUAUUUCUAGAACAUUCUCCCUCUGACCUUCUGUUCUUUGUGACUCGGCCUCAACUGAAUCUGUGAAAGCAAAAUCGUGUAAAGUCUUUCAGCCCUCUCUUCUCUCCUUAGUAUGGACCUGGAGCAGGUGAUAACCCUGGGCCUGGCUUUGCUGCUGGCUGUUAAGUACGUCUUCUUUGAGCAGGCUGAGACAGAGUUGUCCCUGUCCCUAAAGAGCCCCAUCUCCACCUCUAUCUCCGCCCCUGCACUGAGCCAUAGGGGGGCUGAGGACUGCUGCAGGAGGGAACCAGCACCCGCUAAAACAUCCCCGAGAACCAACAGCACCCCAAACCCUGUGGCUAAAACUGAUUCUAACAUGGCGGCCAAAGAGGAGAGAGGUAAGCUGAGCCAAGGUUAUUGUGCUUGAUUUGUUUUGAGAAUCCUCUUUUUAGACUGUUUAGAAGUCUGUUGGUCUCAUUGUUAUGUCUCUCUCCCCUCCACUCUCUUUCUCCGACCCACUCACUCUUUCUUUCUCACUCACUCUCUUUCUCUCUGUAGUUGAGGUGAUUCAACCCCUGGUGGCCACGAUGGUGCAGAACAGUCCCCUCUCUCUGAAUGGACCGCUCCCUCAGAGUUUAGUGGAUAUUGUGUCCCCCCCACCUCCUUUCUCUACCCCAACUCCAGACACAACUACAUCUCUCCCCAACCCCACCUCCCAGCCCCGCUCCCUGGACCAGUGUCUGUCCAUCCUCAGAAACCCUGAGGUGAGCUUCCCCUUUACACAACUGCACUCAGGAUCCAGCACCAUUCUGUUAAAUACAACUGUAUUAAAACACAGAACAACCACUCAACACUUUGAAAUAUUACCAUUCUUUGCUCACAACACUUAAACACAGUUCCUUUUCAGUCAGUCAACUUCGGUACAAAAUACUAUGGGGAGUCGCACUAUUGCGACUUCGGUUGAAGGAUCUACAAUCACGCCUGACAAGGCCAAUGAAAUCUGCACCUCGCUGGAAGCCCCGCCUUCCACAGGUGAUAAGCGUGAGGCUCGGAUUCAUUCCUUCAAUUAUUCGGCUUUUCACGCUAUUAAAACAAUUGGAACACAAGACUGUUUUGCUUUGCGCAAACUGUCCAUUAGUGGUAGAGCGUGCUCACCCCCUGGAUGUUGUGUGCUAAAGUUUGUAUGGUUCUCAUAAAUUUCCUAAUCACAAACAAUUAGUUAUUCUUCAAAUUGCUUGGCCUGGCUAUAGCAAUAAGUAAGAUGGCUAACGUGACCAAAACGACGAAGGCUAAUAAGCCGGGUUCGCGACCAUGCCCCAAUGUCUGAAUUAAAAGAUACUUGUGUUGGUUGUCUUAUAUGUCUCGGCUCGGUGUAUGCUCAGGCUGCCCUUGCUCGAAUCAGUUUGUGUACGAGACUAGGGGACGGCUGGCACCGUUCCCCUUCUAGUCCGCGGCACAGGUUCUCUUGUCAAUCGUGUAGCAUUCUUUAGGGGUCUUGGUGUUAUUGAUAGUGUCUUCUCCCGGGUGCCCGUACCUCGGCUGAGUCUGAGUUGCGGUGACGUUUGGUUGGGUCGAAUGUCUCCCGGCUCCUGUGCACUCUGUUGCUGGUUACGUGAGGCUAUUCAACGAGAGGGCGAACCGAUUCUGUGGGUAUACCCUUGCUGCCUCUCUUCCCAGAAGGGUCCAGGUCCUAGUCGCUUGGUUAUUCUGAACGGACCGUGCUGCGGUCAAAGAAGAUAGCUGGCCUAUCUUAGAUUAAAGAGCCUCCUGGCUAAAGUUGGCUAGCAUGCAUAACUUCCGGUGAAUGAAGCUUAAUAGCGUCCACCCGGCGAUUUGGCAAACUCAUUCCUAUUUUCAAUUCCUGGAGUUGGAGGGAGUAGUGAGAGCGGGGUUUGCAUGCUACUCCUAUGAGGAAGUAGCCCCCGAUCAGCUGCACCGCUCCACAAAAAUGUGUUACGGCGAAGGGGUAUUACAUCAGCCAUUGCCAGAGCCCUCUGUGCCCAUAAGGGGGCCUGGCUUCAUGCAGGCUAUACAUUAUUACGGAAGCUAAAUGUGUGUUGGAAGCUUGCCCAUGUUUAAUGCCCCUCUGGUACCACACGUUGAAUGGUAUUCACGGGGUUCAAGGGUUAUAUUAAUCUCCUCAGAGUGGGAGUAAUAAGUUGGGCGAUUCGCUCUCUGUCCACAACGGGGCACCCCUCCCCCAUAGGUGGCUCAUUACUGGGAUUCAUUGCUGAUUCCUGCCUGUAUCUCACUAGUCCCUAUGAGGUCUCUAGUGAUACAGGUUAUGGAACCUGUAGGCGAUUGGUGGUUGGUAGCGGAGUCGAGGGAACAAGCAGGGUUGGACAUGACCAUGUUAUUAUCCCACACACAGUCUCUGUGGUUCAUAUUUGAACUCCGAAAUGAGCUGUCGUUCUCCAGCUCAGCGCUUUUCAUUCCUGGGAAUAAGAUCAGAUUAUAAAUCGCCCCUGUCUGUUACCACAGAAGGGGUCCAUUUUUCAGAGCUGUCUUUCCUAUUCCCAGCUAGGCUACAAGGCGCUAAAAAGCAUAUUCUUUUAUACGUGCGGUCCAGUGCUGGGUGCCAGCCAGUUAGGCUCGUUGUGACAACAGUACCCCCAGGUGUCACUGCCAAACGGGCUACAUCACUUAUCGCUGGAGCCAUGGGAUCCAGAGUGGGCCAGGCUUUAGGUAAACCUUGGUACAUAAACACAUUUUUUUCAACUCCAAAGUUCCACAGUGUUCAUGGGUGUCAAGUGUUGUCUCCCGCAUAUGAGUUCGAUGAAAAGUGUCACUUCUCCACAUUCAGACACACUGUUGUAAAGUGGAAAUGGAUGAAGAACCAAUCUCUCCCAGUCCACAAGGUGGCGUCCCGCCCCUUCAGAUGGAACUUCAUGGGAGGCUCGCUCUCUGCGCCGACCAAUGGCGUGCAUACGCAGUGUUGCCCUGGAUCAUUGAACAGUGACGUCAGGGUACAGGUUACAAUUUGUUGUGCGUCCCCCACGCUUCUGCAGCGUCAUAUUACCCGGAGCGCCUAACGGUGUACCUGGCGCUCAGGUGCUUCCCCCUGCUUUUGUCGGGCCAGCUUGUGCUGGUCAGAACCGACAAUAUGUCAGUGUUGGCGUGCAUCAACAUAGGGGGAGAGACUCUGUCCCUCUCCCUCCUAACCUUUGCUCACUCCCUAUUGCUGGGGAGCAGUGUGCAGAUGCUCUCAAUUUGGGGCGACGCAUGUCCCCGGUUGCCUCAACUCAGGUGCAGAUAUUUUAUCCAGGUGGGACCCUCUCUCUCAGGAAUGGAGGCUACACCCCUGGGUGGUUUCCCAGGUAUGGGACAUUUUUGGCAGGGCCGACGUAGAUCUUUAUGAAUCGCAAGAAAAUGCGCAGUGCCAUCUAAACUCAGCAAAAAAAGAAACGUCCUCACUGUCAACUGCGAUUAUUUUCAGCAAACUUAACAUGUGGAAAUAUUUGUAUGAACAUAACAAGAUUCAACAACUGAGACAUAAACUGAACAAGUUCCACAGACAUGUGACUAACAGAAAUUGAAUAAUGUGUCCCUGAAAAAGUGGGGUGAAAAUCAAAAGUAACAGUCAGUAUCUGGUGUGGCCACCAGCUGCAUUAAGUACUGCAGUGCAUCUCCUCCUCAUGGACUGCACCAGAGUUGCCAGUUCUUGCUGUGAAAUGUUACCCCACUCUUCCACCAAGGCACCUGCAAGUUCCUGGACAUUUCUGGGGGGAAUGGCCCUAGCCCUCACCCUCCGAUCCAACAGGUCCCAGACGUUCUCAAUGGGAUUGAGAUCCUGGCUCUUCGCUGGCCAUUGCAGAACACUGACAUUCCUGUCUUGCAGGAAAUCACGCACAGAACGAGCAGUAUGGUUGGUGGCAUUGUCAUGCUGGAGGGUCAUGUCAGGAUGAGCCUGCAGGAAGGGUACCACAUGAGGGAGGAGGAUGUCUUCCCUGUAACGCACAGCGUUAAGAUUGCCUGCAAUGACAACAAGCUCAGUCCCAUGAUGCUGUGACACACCGCCCCAGACCAUGAUGGACCCUCCACCUCCAAAUCGAUCCCGUCGAGAGUACAGGCCUCGGUGUAACGCUCAUUCCUUCGACGAUAAACGCGAAACCGACCAUCACCCCUGGUGAGACAAAACUGCGACUCGUCAGUGAAGAGCACUUUUUGCCAGUCCUGUCUGGUCCAGUGACGGUGGGUUUGUGCCCAUAGGCGACUUUGUAGCCGGUGAUGUCUGGUGAGGACCUGCCUUACAACAUGCCUACAAGCCCUCAGUCCAGCCUGUCAGCUUAUUGCGGACAGUCUGAGCACUGAUGGAGGGAUUGUGCGUUCCUGGUGUAACUCGGGCAGUUGUUGCCAUCCUGUACCUGUCCCGCAGGUGUGAUGUUCGGAUGUACCGAUCCUGUGCAGGUGUUGUUACACGUGGUCUGCUACUGCGAGGACGAUCAGCUGCCCGUCCUGUCUCUCUGUAUCGCUGUCUUAGGCGUCUCACAGUACGGACAUUGCAAUUUAUUGCCCUGGCCACAUCUGCAGUCCUCAUGCCUCCUUGCUGCAUGCCUAAGACACGUUCACACAGAUGAGCAGGGACACUGGGCAUCUUUCUUUUGGUGUUUUUCAGAGUCCGUUGAAAGGCCUCUUUAGUGUCCUAAGUUUUCAUAACUGUGACCUUAAUUGCCUACCGUCUGUAAACUGUUAGUGUCUUAACGACCAUUCCACAGGUGCAUGUUCAUUAAUUGUUUAUGGUUCAUUGAACAAGCAUGGGAAACAGUGUUUAAACCCUUUACAAUGAAGAUCUGUGAAGUUAUUUGGAUUUUUUCGAAUUAUCUUUGAAAGACAGGGUCCUGAAAAGGGGACGUUUCUUCUUUUGCUGAGUUAAUUUUUCUCGAAGUGGGAGCCGAGUGCCCCGUUGGCGCACCAGUGGCCUCGGAUCCUCCUGUACGCGUUUCCGCCAGUGGUUCUGAUUCAGCCCACGUUGGAGAGGGUGCGCUCGGAGGGAUUAUCAUUGAUUAUUGUGGUUCCCGUUGGCCCAGGCAGCCUUGGUUCACAGAGAUAAUUUGCCUUUUAGGCGGGGACCCGUGGCAGCUCCCGUUGCGCAUGGACCUGUUGUCCCAAGUGCUCGGGCAGGUUUGGCAAGCAAGGCCAGAGAUUUGGUUCCUAUGGGCCUGGCCCCUGAUGGCUAAAGGUUUACCUCCAAAUAUUAUUGCUGCCAUUCAGUCUGCAAGGGUCCCCUCCACAAGAGGGCUGUAUAGGUGGCAAGCGUUUGAGCUCCGGUGCCAAGAUAAAAAACUUCCUUUUCAGUGCUCUGUGAGGGACAUCCUUAUGUUCCUACAGGAGCUUUUCGAGCAGGGGCGGGCAUUCGCCACGUUAAAAGUGUACUUGGCCGCUAUCUCAGCAUGUCAUUUGGGAAUUGACGGAGCCUCACCGGGGGCCCACUCCCUGGUUGUGCAGUUGCUGAAAGGUGUAUGCCACGUGUCAAACUCAUUCCACGGAGGGCACCUGGUUGUCUAGGUCUUAAUUGAAAGUAAAAAACAAACUUACAGACACUCGGCCCUCUGUGGAAUGAACCCCUGGUGUCAAACUUGAUCAUUGCUAGACAAUCAUUUUCAGGUCUUCCAUAGAUUUUCAAGCAGAUCUAAGUCAAAACUGUAAUUCUGCCACUCAGGAACAUUCACUGUCUUCUUGGUAAGCAACUCCAGGGUAGAUUAGGCCUUGUGUUUUAGGUUAUUGUCCUGCUGAAAGGUGAAUUCAUCUCCCAGUGUCUGGUGGAAAGCAGACUGAACCAGGUUUUCCUCUAGGAUUUUGCCUGUGCUUAGCUCCUUUUCAUUAUUUUUUUUCUUUUGAAAGACUCCCCAUUCUUUAACGGUUGCAAGUAUACCAUUAACAUGAUGCAGCCACCACUAUGCUUGAAAAUAUAGAGUGGUACUCAGUAAUGUGUUUUAAUUGGAUUUGCCCCAAACAUAACACUUUGUAUUCUAGAAUUUCUUUUUUGCAGUAUUACUUUAGUGCCUUGUUGCAAACAGAUGCAUGUUUUGGAAUAUUUUUUUUCUGUACAAGCUUCCUUUUCAUUCUGUCAGUUAGGGUAGUAUUGUGGAGUAGCUACAAUGUUCUUGAUCUAUCUUCAGUUUUCUCCUAUCACAGCCAUUAAACUUUGUAACUGUUUUAAAGUCACCAUUGGCCUCAUGGUGAAAUCCCUGAGCGGUUUCCUUCCUCUCCAGCAACUGAGUUAGAAAGGACGCCCGUGUCUUUGUAGUGACUGGGUGUAUUGAUACACCAUCCAAAGUGUAAUUAAUAACUUCACCAUGCUCAGAAGGUUAUUUAAUGUUUGCUUUUUAUUUUAUUUUGACCCAUCUACCAAUUGGUGCCUUUCUUUGCAAGGCAUUAGAAAACUUCCCUGGUCUUUGUGGUUGAAUCUGUGUUUGAAAUUCACUGCUCGACUGAGGAACCUUACAUAUAAUUGUAUGUGUGGGGUACAGCGAUGAGAUAGUCAUUAAAAAAUCAUGUUAAACACUAUUAUUGCACACAGAGUCCAUGCAACUUAUUUUGCGACUUGUUAAGCAAAUUUUUACUCCUAAACUGAUUUAGGCUUGCCAUAACAAAGGGGUUUAAAACUUACUGACUCAAGAUAUUUCAGCUUUUUUGACAUUAUGGGGUAUUGUGUGUAGGCCAGUGACAAAAGAUCUCAAUUGAAUACUUUCUAAAGGCACUGUAUGUGUUAAUAUUGAUAUGUAUUUAUGGCUCUCUGCCUAUGCCUCUUUCCAGUUGGGCGCUUGUUUUCUUAGCAACGCCGAGGUGAUGGAGCUGGUGACAUCACGGAACAUCCUGACCUAUAAGCUGGAGGCUGUCAUGGAAACGCCAGAGAGGGGCGUGGCCAUCCGGAGAGAGAUGCUGUCAUCCAAACUACCAUCACCCUCUGCCUUGGCCUACCUUCCUUACAAGGACUAUGACUACACUAAGGUAGCCUACUCAUAGGGACUACAACUGCCACUACUCCAGUUUACUGAAACAGACAGUUGAAGUAAGCUUGGUCUCAAAUCAACCCAGUAAGGUCUAUUGUGGUACUGCCCUCACCCAUCCCAUGUCUUCCUCGCUUAUCAGGUGAUGGGCACCUGCUGUGAGAACGUCAUUGGCUACAUGCCCGUGCCAGUGGGCGUUGCUGGCCCUCUCCUAUUGGACGGGAAGCAGUUCCAUGUUCCCAUGGCAACAACGGAAGGCUGCCUUGUGGCCAGCACCAACAGAGGAUUCCGGGCCGUCGCUGUGAGUUUAGAGUAUACGUCUAUUAUGGUUUAACUAUGCGAGUGUGGAGUAUACGUCUAAUGUGGGCUAACUCUCUGUGAGUGUGGAGUGUACGUCUAGUGUGGGCUAACUCUCUGUGAGUGUAGAGUAUACGUCUAGUGUGGGCUAACUCUCUGUGAGUGUGGAGUGUACGUCUAGUGUGGGCUAACUCUCUGAGUGUGGAGUGUACGUCUAGUGUGGGCUAACUCUCUGUGAGUGUAGAGUGUACGUCUAGUGUGGGCUAACUCUCUGUGAGUGUAGAGUAUACGUCUAGUGUGGGCUAACUCUCUGAGUGUAGAGUGUACGUCUAGUGUGGGCUAACUCUCUGUGAGUGUAGAGUGUACGUCUAGUGUGGGCUAACUCUCUGUGAGUGUAGAGUGUACGUCUAGUGUGGGCUAACUCUCUGUGAGUGUAGAGUGUACGUCUAGUGUGGGCUAACUCUCUGAGUGUAGAGUGUACGUCUAGUGUGGGCUAACUCUCUGUGAGUGUAGAGUGUACGUCUAGUGUGGGCUAACUCUCUGUGAGUGUAGAGUGUACGUCUAGUGUGGGCUAACUCUCUGUGAGUGUAGAGUAUACGUCUAGUGUGGGCUAACUCUCUGUGAGUGUAGAGUAUACAUCUAGUGUGGGCUAACUCUCUGUGAGUGUAGAGUAUACAUCUAGUGUGGGCUAACUCUCUGAGUGUAGAGUAUACAUCUAGUGUGGGCUAACUCUCUGUGAGUGUAGAGUAUACAUCUAGUGUGGGCUAACUCUCUGUGAGUGUAGAGUAUACAUCUAGUGUGGGCUAACUCUCUGUGAGUGUAGAGUAUACAUCUAGUGUGGGCUAACUCUCUGUGAGUGUAGAGUGUACGUCUAGUGUGGGCUAACUCUCUGUGAGUGUAGAGUAUACGUCUAGUGUGGGCUAACUCUCUGUGAGUGUAGAGUAUACAUCUAGUGUGGGCUAACUCUCUGUGAGUGUAGAGUAUACAUCUAGUGUGGGCUAACUCUCUGUGAGUGUAGAGUAUACAUCUAGUGUGGGCUAACUCUCUGUGAGUGUAGAGUAUACAUCUAGUGUGGGCUAACUCUCUGUGAGUGUAGAGUAUACAUCUAGUGUGGGCUAACUCUCUGUGAGUGUAGAGUAUACAUCUAGUGUGGGCUAACUCUCUGUGAGUGUAGAGUGUACGUCUAGUGUGGGCUAACUCUCUGUGAGUGUAGAGUAUACGUCUAGUGUGGGCUAACUCUCUGUGAGUGUAGAGUAUACAUCUAGUGUGGGCUAACUCUCUGUGAGUGUAGAGUAUACAUCUAGUGUGGUUUAACUCUGUGUGUCUGUCUGUAUGUCUCCUCUAACCUUCCUUUCUCUCUCCAGUUGAGUGGCGGUUGCAGCAGCAGGGUGCUAGCUGACGGUAUGACGCGGGGUCCUGUUGUACGGCUGCCCUCAGCGUGCCGGGCUGUAGAGGUCAAGGCCUGGCUGGAGACCACAGAGGGCUUCAGGACCAUCAAGGAUUCCUUCGACCACACAAGCAGGUCAGGGUCAAGGGUUAAAGGUCACACAGUCACCUCAGGGUCACACAGAUCAAAAUAUAGGUUGGGUAAUGUUAUAAUGAUCAGAUUAUCCAAUCAUACCUGUAACCUCACCUAUUGUGGUUUAUAGAAAAUAACUGACCCUAGGUCAGUGAUUAGGGGCAACUUCUAGCUACUCUGAUCUCAAUGAUGUAAUUUAAAUUGGCCCUCGCAAGGUCAAUACAGUCACAUAGUAUUGUUCUGUCUGUUAGGUUUGCCCGUCUGGACAAGCUAUUGGUAGGUCUAGCAGGGAGGAACCUCUACAUCCGCUUCCAGUCCCACACUGGAGACGCCAUGGGCAUGAACAUGCUCUCUAAGGUCAGAAUAUGCUCUGUGUGGAUGUGUGUGUUACCAUUCUAAAAGGUAAUACAGUGUAGCGGUAAAGGCAUCCAUUUGAGAGGCUACAUUCUUCAGAGGAAUUACUUACUGGUGAUGGAAUGGACUUCUCAGAAUAACAAAAAUGCAGUUUCUGGUGUCUAAUACCACAUAUUAACUGUGUCUCUGUGUGUCUGCAGGGUACAGAGCAGGCGGUGAGCAGGCUCCAGCAGCAGUUCCCUGAGCUCCAGGUUCUAGCGGUGAGCGGGAACUACUGCACUGAUAAGAAACCUUCAGCCAUGAACUGGAUCCUGGGCCGGGGCAAGUCUGCUGUGUGUGAGGCCACCGUGCCCGCCAGGGUGGUCCAAGAGGUAUGUUACAGCUACAACACACACACUCAGAGACGCACACUCACACAUACACUGAGACACACUGACUUGGAAGAACUGAACUGGUGGAAGCAAAUAUUUGAGACACUACAGUGAUUUCACCCAUCCUUUGUUUUGAGAUGUCGCUCUCUCUCUCCAGGUCCUAAAGACCAGUACUGCUGCCCUAGUAGAGCUGAACAUCAAUAAGAAUCUAGUGGGCUCAGCCAUGGCUGGUAGUAUAGGAGGCUUCAAUGCUCACGCUGCUAACAUCGUGGCUGCCAUCUACAUUGCCUGUGGACAGGUACUUAAACACACACAACCACUACCCCAGGCCACUUCUGUUAGAUAAUGACAGAAAAGUCUGAUCUUCUGAGAUUCUGUCUUACCUAACCAAUCCAAAUAUUUAUUUCCUGUAUAAUCUCUUUCUCCCUCACUCUCUCUCCAGGACCCAGCCCAGACAGUGGGCAGUAGUAACUGUAUAACUCUGAUGGAGCAAGCGGGUCCUGAAGGAGAGGACCUGUAUAUCAGCUGUACCAUGCCCUCUAUAGAACUGGGCACUGUAGGAGGGGGCACCAACCUGGCACCACAACAGGCCUGUCUACAGGUACACUGUGUGUGUGUGUGUGUGUGUGUGUGUGUGUUAACCCCUCAAUAAGGGUAUGUAUUAACCCUCUGUAUGCGUGUCCAUUGUAGAUGCUGGGUGUGCAGGGUGCCAGUCUAACGGGUCCAGGGGAUAAUGCCCGUCAGUUGGCCAGCGUGGUGUGUGCCACCGUCCUGGCAGGAGAACUGUCUCUGAUGGCCGCUCUCGCGGCCGGACACCUCGUACAGAGUCACAUGACCCACAACAGGUAAACUACACUACCCAUAACCCCCUGACUCACAAUAGGUAUACUACACUUAACCCUCAUGGCUCACAACUACACUCCAGAGACCUCUUCUAAAAGGGAGAAUGCUACACUGUUAACACUAUUCCUGAAAAAGAUUGUCUGGUGACUUUGCUUUGCUUUCAAUGUUUAUUUUUCCCUCUCAGAUCUCAAGCCAACAUGCCACAAAUAGCCCCAUCCCACUCAGAGGAGGCUGCG